AAGAUGAAUGACAGCCUAUUUGUCAGUUUGGACAGACUUUUGCUAGAAUUUGUUUUCCAGUAUGAGCAAGAUAUACAUACUAAAGAAGAUAUGAUUCAACGAAUUAAUAAAAGCUUUGAAGAUAUUAAACAAAACAAAGCAACUAUUAGUAAGAUACAUGAAACUAUAAAUACAACAGAUGAGGAAAUCGGUCAUUACUGUAAACAUAGUAAGGAGAUCAAAGACAACUGUAGUAACUGGAAGCCAACAUGUGAUGUUUUUCAUAAACAUGAAGACUAUAUGCAAGAACAAUUUGCUAUUUAUCAAGAAACUAUUGAAAAAGACAAAAAAAUGUACCAUGGAUAUGUAUGUCAGUAUAAAGAGGUUUUGAAGCAAUACCAACUAAAAUACUCAGAAAUACCCCUUUCACAUGAAUAUUAUGAGAAGAAAAAGGAACAUGAAGAAAUUCAAAACAGAGUGUUGGCAUGUACUGAACAACUAAAAAUGAAUGAAACUCUUUUUAUGGAAUUUCUUGUGCCUGCUCCCUUUCCAUCACUUACUAGAUGGACAUUACAUUUGGUUAAUUUGAGAUGUAAAACACAAGAUAUUCUUAAACAUGCCAACAAUUUUUCCAAAAUUUCAUGUGAAUUGAAGAAAGAAGUAGAUGAACUGGAAAUAGAAAUUAAUUGUUUAAACCAGCAGAUUGCAAGACUUUAUGAAACUAAGAAUUUUUCAGAAACUCUGGAAGAAAAAAAUAUAGAAAAGAGAAAGGAAUUCAAAGAAAGAAUUUUUGAAAAAGAUGAACAACAUGUACUUACAUUGAAUAAAACUUCUCAGAACAGUCAAUUAUUUCUUCCAUAUGAACCUCAGAAAUUAGUCAGACCAAUAAAUAUGCAUUCUUCAGAACCACGAGUUAUAGAUAAAAAAGAGGAAAAUUCUGUGAAGCAGUCAAAGCUUGCCAAUAUUGACUUCAGACAAAAAGAAAACAAUACACAGGAAUUUAAUGACUCUGCUGUGAAUAACCAGUCAAAAUGUUCACAUGUUAUGGCUGUUAAAAGUUCACAAAAUUUUAUGCCAUUCAGAUUGUUAACCUUGCAGAAACAAUCAAAUUGCAAUCAGUGGCUUGAAAAAGGAGAGACAGAUGCUGAGUGUGGAGAUAAAGGGACAGUAAGACAUUUGAGAGAAUCAAAAUGUACUUCACAAGUUAUAUGUGAAGAUCAUCUUGGGAUGCCAGGAGAGAAUAAUGAUGAAGUAGAAGAAAGGGCUGAGGAUUUUCCACGAACUCCUGAAAUUCCUUCAUUUUUAAGAACUCCUGAAUCUGUGAAAACACCUGAAUCUUUGGAGAAAUUACUGUGUCCUAAAACGCCCUCAUUUGAAAUUAACAGAAAUAGAAAUAUAAUGCCUGAAGGUCAAGCACAAAAGGAAUCCCCUGGACUUUCUUUUCUUAUGAGUUAUACUUCUAGAUCACCUGGAUUGAAUUUAUUUGAUUCUUCUAUAUUUGAUUCAGAAGUGUCAUCAGAUCAGUUUAAUGAACGUUGUGCUGAAGGAAAUUUAAAUCCUCUCUCAUCACAGCCAGAAAUUGGAAACUUAUUUGGGAAACCAGAAGGAGAAGAUGCCUUUACAUUUUCUUUUCCAUCAGACUCUUCAACUCAUACAUUUGGAGCUGGAAAAGAUGAUUUUAGUUUUCCAUUUUCAUUUGAAUAAGAUCAAAAUUCAACAUCUUCUUCUGUAAAAGAUUUUUCGUCUUCUUUACAAAAUACAACAUAAUUUACUUUUUUUGAACUAAUUAGUAAUUUCUUGAAUUAUUUUACUGCUUUGUAAUCAUCUAGGGCAUAAGUUUAUAUUAAAAUAUGAAGACUACUUUUUUUGUUGAUUAAAGCAAU